CAUAAUACCUAUGUCGGGCUAAGUUACUUGUUAGUGUGUGAAUUUUUAAUUUCUUAGCAUGAGCGUUUAGGAAAUAGGAAUACGUUAUAGAUUUAUUUAUAAUCAAUCCACUAAAGACGGAAUAAUUAGUUUAUAUAAUAAGAACUGGCUGUAUGGUAUCUGGAGCAUCUCUUAGCCGAUACGACAUAAUAAUUUUUCGUGAAUCGUAACAGAUAUUUCAGGAUUUUGAUAUUGUGAGGACUCGAAUGCUGCUCUUGGCUCUUAGUUAAAAAUAUAAGUUCGACAGUUUUAAAUAUGGCCAAGGAAGAAGAUGAUGAUAACUUGCCUGAUAAAGAUGCUGCAAAAGAAUUCUACGCAAAGUAUGAGCCUAAAGAAAUAAUAGGAAGAGGCAUAAGUUCUACAGUAAGAAGAUGUAUAGAAAAAGAAACUGGGAAAGAGUUUGCAGCAAAAAUUAUUGACCUGAGUCAAGAGUCACAGGAUGGAGUUGACACUCAUACAAUGAGAGAUGCUACUCGACAGGAAAUCAAUAUAUUGAGAAUGGUGGCGGGGCAUCCAUAUAUUAUCGAGCUACAGGAUGUGUUUGAAUCAGAGACAUUUAUAUUUCUGGUUUUUGAGCUAUGCAAGAAUGGUGAGCUUUUUGACUAUCUAACAUCUGUUGUCACUCUAUCGGAGAAGAAGACUCGGUACAUCAUGAGGCAAGUGUUGGAAGGCGUGCGAUACAUACAUGACAAGGAUAUUGUGCACCGCGACCUAAAACCUGAGAAUAUACUUUUGGAUGACCAGCUCAAUGUUAAGAUUACUGAUUUUGGAUUUGCAAAGGUGCUUAAAGAUGGAGAGAAAUUGUUUGAAUUAUGUGGCACCCCGGGAUACCUGGCACCGGAGACGCUGAAGGCGAACAUGUUCGAAGACGCUCCGGGCUACGGGCGAGAGGUCGAUUUAUGGGCUUGUGGUGUUAUAAUGUUCACAUUAUUGGUCGGUUGCCCUCCCUUCUGGCACCGGAAGCAGAUGGUUAUGCUGAGGAACAUUAUGGAGGGAAAGUACUCCUUCACCAGCCCCGAGUGGGUUGAUAUCUCAGAAGACCCGAAGGAUCUAAUAAGGAGAUUUCUAGUUGUCGAUCCAAUGGAAAGGAUCAAAAUAUCUGACGCGUUGGGGCAUCCGUUCUUCCACACGAAGCUAUGGGACCAGGACGUCACGCCGCUGAAGAAGUCUUUGUCGACAACCAGCCGAAGGAUGUCCAGAAUAGAUCAGAUUGCCCUGGCUAUAAAGUCGAGCGGUUUCAACGCGCGCGCCAAGUUACGACUCGCCCUGAUAACCGUCCGCGCCGCAGUGCGGUUACGUCACCUGCCGCAUACCGCCGCAAGAGCGAUACCGCUGUACGACGCUCUCGGUGACCCCUACACGCUUCGGGUGCUCCGGAAGGUUAUCGACGGAUGCGCUUUCCGGGUGUACGGGCAUUGGGUUAAGAAGGGCGAAGGUCAGAACAGGGCAGCCCUCUUUGAGAAUACACCUAAAACGGAGCUGAAGAGCUUGUACGUUAGCAAUUUGAGUCGAUAGACGCACUACGCUUGCUUUUGGAUAUCUCCUCACUGUCUCUGCUCUCCUGAUACUAGAGUGGAGCGAAUUUACCAGGAGAGCAACAGCUAAGAAGAGAUUUAGAGAAAGUUGUCGCCGUUGUUGAUUCAAAGCUUCGGAAUAGCGUUUUUAUAACUAGUAAAAUUGUUAUUUUAUUUAUAUGUUUACCCAUCUUACCUUACACUAAGUAUACGUUGUUAGAACGUAAAUUUUGAUAUAAAUAGAUAGCGCAGUACAAAUGUAGCAUUGGUAAAGAAAGCAAUAAAUUUGUGACUAUAUAUAAUGCUUAGUAAUUAUAUCUCAUUAUAUUAUUUGUACCUUGUAGUAAGUAUUAUUUAGUUUGUGAUACCUGAUUGGUUUGAUCACCGUGAGUUUUUCGGUGUUAGAUAAAGUAAUAAUUAUGAAAUAAAAAGACAAAAUGGUAUGUUUACAAAGAAAUGCUUUUGUAGAAAUGUAACGUUGUUAAAUGACAUAUUAGGAGUCGUUAUAUUAUUAUUAUUUGAGAUAAUGUUUAUUUUGCGGCGAUAGUUGUAUGGGCGGCGGUUAUUACAUACCACCAGGUACUGGUUUCUCGCCCAAUUUAUAAAAAAAAACAUAAAAUUUUAUAUUCCGCACAAACUCCACGAAGGAGUAUCUAUAUGUAUAUCUCGACGAAUCCGCCCAUCUAUCUCCACGAGACAACGAUUACGAAUCUGUUAAGUUAUACUAGGAUGCCGCAGUCGCUCGUCGUACCGUUUCGCUGCGGCGUUUAUUUGAGCGAAGCGAGGUAAACUAAGUCUGUGUACAAAAACAAAACAGAAUUAAUCAAACAAGAUUUGAUAAAUCGGGUCAUUUUUUAAAUAAAUAUAAAUAGCGCGUGCUAAUUUAGAAUAAUUUUUAAAUCAUGUUUGUUUUUAAUUAUAAUAAUUGAAUCAAGUCGAAAUACAAAAUUCUGUAUAAUAUAAUAAUAAUCUAGAAAAUCGAAAUCUUUCAAUGAGUUCAAAAAAUUUUAAAAUCGCUUCAGAAAUGGCCGAGAAACAAUUAUUCAACACAGAAAUCAAUUGGAGUCACCCGGUGGGAGCUUCGCUAAAUUAUAGAAAAUUUAUCAUAGUACAAAAAGCUGCAGUGAAGUGCAUAGAUUAGAGAGAUAAUAGAUAUCAAGUAAAAAGGCGCGAAUUUACCAUAGACUAUUGUAGUCUAUACAGAAUAUUUUAACCAAUUUCAUUUUUAAAUCAUGUUACUAAUUGUUUGCUUUCCAAUAAAAAAAAAAUAACAAAGAAGUGAAAACAUUAUCAAGAUGAGGUUCUUAAAAGAAAAACAUUAAAGUAAUUUUUAAAACAUUUGCUCAAAAAGUAGACGUUUGUCUGAUUUUUAAUCUACAACCGCAUGAAGGGAAGUUUCUAAUCAAAAAGUUUUCUCUACAUUUUUUUUUGUAUACAUUGAAUAUAAUACUGCGUAAAUAUGUAUAACUACUAUAAAAAGACGAAUUAAUGAUUUGAGAUAAAUAGAUUUUUUUAGUAUUUAUGUAUAAUCUUAACGUAUAACACAAUUAAAGUUAUUUUGAGUUUAGGUAAAUGGCUGUCAUCGAAGUAGCUUAAUGCAUAGAAAGUUUAGUAACCGUUAGGGCAGACCUAACAUUUUUGCAUAUUUUAUUAUUGAAGUUAAAACAAAAACAAAUUAUCGUAAUGAUAGUGAUGAAUAUUAAAUUAAUUUAACAUCGCCCCAAUAUUAUAUCAAGAAGCUACUUUUACCGGGAAAAAUCUGUAAUUAUUACUUAUUCAAGGAUUAAACUUUUUUUUAUUGAUAUUCUUUCUUUGUUUUAUUUUUUCGCAAAUGGCGAACGUGCGGAAUCGAUUUGUUAUAUUAUUAUUGUUGACCCGGGGAGGUAACGUAACUAUCAUUGACUAGGUGGUAACCCAGAGCACGUCGGUAGAUGACUAUCCAAUAUUUUUUAUUUAUUCAUUAAAAAUAACCUGUUACUAAAAAUUUGACACUGGCUGAUCACACUAGAGAUAUUAUUACUUUGGAAAAUUGUCUUUAUCAAUGGAAAUAAAAUAAAUUUUCUGAAAAAUAAUCUUUCUUGCUUUCUUAUUGGUUUCAAAUAUUUUAUUAAUUAAAGUACCUUUGAAUAGCUCGGUCUAACUUCCUUGCCUAUUAAUUAUUUUUAUUAAGUUAAGAUAAUUAUGAUUUCAAUCAUUUGGGAAUCUACCCAUAAAAAUCCACCGCGGGGCAUUGAUGUUAAAAAUUUAAUUUUAAAUUAAAAUAUUAAAAUGUUAAAUUUGUUUUUUUCGUCAAUAUCCAUAAUGUAUAAACAUCAGCCUGUUACAGUGUUAUUCUAUGUAUAUAUUAAUAUCUCCUUUUUUACUUUUUAUAUGCGUACAUGUUAUUGCAAAUUUUUAUGACAAAUCCAUAUUUUUAGCUACUAGAUCUGGUGACAGCGAUUGUAGAUGUUUAGCGACAGAACAAAGUAGUUUUUGACUUACUAUUUGUAUAACAAAAAUGACGAAACUCCGUACCGUCAAUGAGAAGAGGUGGCAAAAAUCUAAUUGCCACUCUUAAAUAACGUCAUCACACUUCGGGAUUUCAUAUUUCUUUUAUAUUAUAAUCUAGGCAAAACGGUGCAAUAGAAAUACGCGAAAAUUGGGAAAAAAAUCCUGCUAUUUGUAAAACUUAUUUGUGUGAUAUUUAUUUUUACUUAAAAUCAGUUUUAUACCACCCAGGCUGCCCUAUAUAUAUAUAUAUAUACCACCUUAUUCAUAAUAGUCUGCUAACUAAAAGCAUUGCUAAUUCACACUCUGUCUUCUAUUGACCUACGUCAGAAUGAGAAAAAACACUCCUUAGCGGCUGUUUUAAGUUAGCGGACCAUUAUGAAUAAGGGGGUUAAUAUAUUGUAUUCGUGUAUCUAUUAUGUGUUAGAUUUGUUAUGAUUUAGAAAUAAUGUGUGUAUUCGUUUUAUUUGGAUUGUGAAAUAAACUAUGAUGAAAGUGUAUAUUAAACAUUAUUUACUUU